GAAGCUGUACAACUCUCAUGGACCUGAACUCCGGAGGUCCCUGUUCUCCCUCAAGCAGCUCUUCCAGGACGAUAAAGACCUGGUGCCAGAGUUCGUGAAUUCAGAAGGCUUGACGUGUUUCAUCAAGGUUGGAACGGAGGCAGACCACAACUACCAGAACUACAUUCUCCGAGCCCUCAGUCAGAUCAUGCUGUUUGUAGAUGGGAUGAACGGUGUGAUCGACCACAAUGACACUGUUCAGUGGCUCUACACUCUCAGUGGCAGUCUGUCUCGUCUGGUGGUGAAGACCGCUCUGAAGCUCCUGAUAGUGUUUGUAGAGUACACAGAGUUGAACAGUCCUCUACUUAUCCAGGCUGUCAACACUGUGGACGGCAAGAGAGCUGUGAAGCCGUGGUCAUACCUGACAGACAUCCUGGAGGAGAAGAACGGAUCGGACACCGAGCUGUUAAUCUUAACCAUGAACCUCAUCAACAAGACCCUUGCAGCCCUACCGGACCAGGACUCGUUCUAUGACGUGACCGAUUGUCUGGAACAGCAGGGGAUGGAACACAUUAUGCACAAACACAUGAGCAGCAAGGUCACUGAGCCAGACCUGAAACAGCAGUUCACCAUAUACGAGAGGGCUCUGAGGCACGGGACGGAG